GAUUUAAAGGUAAUGAUGGUGUUGUCAGUGGAUUGUCUUAAGAUCCAUGGGAUUAGGAUCAGAUUAUCGACUCUGUUUGGCAUGCCUGGCCAAUCCCGGGAUUUAACUUCCAAUCCCUUCCAAUACCAUCCAAUCCCUUCCAAUCCGAUCGGCCAAACGGGCCCUAAGGUUUUGGAUGCUUCUUGUACAUGCCUGACUAGCAACGAAAUCCACUUCAAGAAUAUCAGGUUCAAGUCUUCAACAAAUAGAGGGCCUGGUUCUGCAGCACUCUACAGCUCCAAGCAGUAUAAUCUCAAUGCUAUGCCACUUACCGAAUCAGCUAUGUUUCUCAGCCCAUUGCAGGGAAACUUCUUAGGGAGGAAUUUAGGCUCAUUGCAAGAAAAGGGCCUACAUCACACAUAGUGGACACGUGAUCAUGGCCAGUGAGGUUGGUGUUGUAGACAUUUGCCAGAAGAUGUGGCUAGGAAAGGAAGACAUAUGAUCGGUCUAGAAGGGGACCGUACUGAAACAGUUCAUGUGAAAGGCUAGGAAAGGAAGACAUUUAUAGUUUGUUUUGAAAACUUUAAAUAGACCAUUAAUUGUAAUUUUGUUGAUAUUGUGCUAAUUGUUGUCUUGAUGAAUGUUAGAUUAUUGGGUAAUUCAAAUUCUUGUCAUUCAAUCAUAGGUUUUUGAUAGUUAUGCAGAUAGAGAUUUGAUAGUUAGAUCGAUGGAGAUUUGUGUGAAA